CGAAACUCCGUACACUCUGCCUUUUGCAUCGUAUCGCUUGAGAGUGUUAGACGUACUGUGCCAGGGUGUCGCAUCGUCUGCAUCGGGAGCUGUUUUACUGUUAGAAGCUGCUAUCACGAGUAUCAUCAAGCACCAUGGCAAGUCGGGACAAGGCUACGAAUCAGAUGGAGGAAUACAAGAAGACGUUGGACAAGAUGGACCGGCUGACCACGUCAACUGGCAUGCCCAUCGACAACAAGCAGGCCACGCUGACGGCCGGGCCACGGGGACCGGUUCUCAUGCAGGACUUCGCCUUCUCGGACGAGAUGUCCCACUUUGGCCGGGAGAGGAUCCCUGAGCGCGUCGUGCAUGCCAAGGGGGCAGGUGCUUUUGGAUAUUUUGAGGUGACUCAUGACAUCAGCGAAUACACCAAGGCUUGCGUCUUUGAGUCCAUCGGCAAGAAGACCCCGGUCGCUGUGCGCUUCUCUACCGUCGGUGGCGAGUCUGGCUCAGCUGACACUGCCCGCGACCCCCGCGGCUUUGCUGUCAAGUUCUACACCGAGGAUGGCAACUGGGAUCUGGUGGGCAACAACACUCCGAUCUUCUUCAUUCGGGACCCCAUCUUCUUCCCCAGCUUCAUCCACACCCAAAAGAGGAACCCAGUCACCCAUCUCAAGGACCCUGACAUGUUCUGGGACUUCAUCACCCUGCGCCCCGAGUCCACCCAUCAGGUCAGCUUCCUGUUCAGUGACCGUGGGACCCCCGACGGCUACCGCCACAUGAACGGCUACGGCAGCCACACCUUCAAGCUGGUCAACAAGGACGGGAAGGGUGUCUACUGCAAGUUCCACCUCAAGACUGACCAAGGCAUCCGUAACCUGAACGCCGCCCAAGCUGAAGCUCUGGCCUCAGGCGACCCAGACUAUGCCAUCCGCGACUUGUACAAUGCCAUCUCCAAGGAAGACUUUCCAUCUUGGACCGUGAAGAUCCAGGUCAUGACCUUUGAGCAAGCAGAGCAGCACAAGGACAAUCCAUUUGACUUGACCAAGGUGUGGCCACAGGCAGAGUACCCGCUCAUCCCAGUGGGCAAGAUGGUUCUCAACCUCAACCCCAGGAACUACUUUGCCGAAGUGGAGCAGAUUGCGUUUGCACCAGCUCACAUGAUCCCCGGCAUUGAGCCCUCACCGGACAAGAUGUUGCAGGGACGUCUGUUUUCCUACCCCGAUACACACCGCCACCGCCUGGGAACCAACUACCUGCAGAUCCCAGUGAACUGCCCAUACAAGGCCAAGACUCGCAACUACCAGAGAGAUGGACCGCAGUGUGUCACUGACAACCAGAAUGGGGCUCCCAACUACUACCCCAACAGCUUCAACGGGCCCACGGACGAUCUGAAGUAUGCCCAGCAGACCUUCUCCAUUUCCGGUGACGUGGCUCGCUACAACACCAAGGACGACGACAACUUCACCCAGCCGGGCAUCUUCUGGUCCAAGGUGCUGACACCCAAGGAUCAGGAUGCGCUGGUCUCCAACAUGGCCGGCCAUCUCAAGAAUGCCCAGGAGUUCAUCCAGAAGCGAGCGGUUGACAACUGGUCUCAGUGUAGCGCUGAAUGGGGAAAGCGUCUCCAGGCUGCUUUGGAUGAGCACAAAGCCGUUGCUGCAAAGGCAGCUGUUGCCAAAAUGUAAGUGGGCGCACUGAAGUGUGCGACUGAGCAAGCUUGGAGCUGAUUGGUCACUCCCAAGCUGUUUUGAACAACCGUAUCCAAUGACAUCACAGCUUACAACCAUCGUUUCAUCUGCUUAGUAAGACUACAGAUGGCAGUCUCUUUUGAUAGUAAUGAGCUGAGAGAUGAAACUCGCAUUUAAAUCAUUGCCCAACAAGAAGUUGUAAAAUCUUUUGCUGUAUGACGAUGCAAGGAAAGAGGAUUUCACAGGAUGAAAACAUGCUCCAUUCUGGAUGAAUUCUUUUUGUUUUAGACACUGCCUUUUGUUGAUUUGCAAGCGACUCAAGAGUACCUGCUUAAUUUUGUAAGAUGUUUUUGGGAAUCUCCAUGGUAUGUUUUGAUAAUUUGUAGGCUUGGCCUUUUACAUUAUACCACACGGUAGAUUUCUUAGGAUUCUACAAACAGUGUAUCAAAUGAUGUUUGUUUACUACAUGAAAUGUUUUUUCUAUCAAAAAUUUGUAUUGCCAACUCUGUUUAUUUCUUCUUGUAGUCGAAUCACAGUGAAACAAACAUAAGUUAUGACUUGUUUCAGUCUACAAACGUGUGAUGUGGGAAUACCGAGCUGUUACGAGUAUUCUGGCUUUAUUAUUCAGGCUUUAACAUAGUCGCGCGAAAAGGAAAUUUUUGAAUUUUCAAGAACCUAAAAAAAUUCAAACUGUGUGAACUUAGGUUGUAUUGUUCCAAGAUUCUAUUUGCAGUUGUCAAGCUUUCAUUUGCUGCUAUUAGAAUGCUCACCUUUAUAAGCGACUUCAUUUUGUAAAUCAUGCAUAUUCAUAUUUGAUCCUGUACAGAAAUUUUGACGGUAAAAUCCCAUUUGUGCUGAAGCACUUCCUUAACGCAUCCCAGAUGUUUACUUUCCUUCUGUAAUCCUUUACAAUGUAGUGUUAAUGUAAUGUCAUUUUAAUCAUAUUGUAUUAUACAAUUCAAUGGUAACUUUCAAAUAAUCAGGAAGAAAUCUUAUACAUUGAACUGCUACAUUCAUGGCUAAUUUCUGAUCAGUUUAUUGGCUUUUGGUAGUGAUAAAUGAUGAUAGCGGAGUGUUUGGACAUACAUCUUAAUUUCUUUUUUUUUUCAUUCAUGGAAUUAAUUUUGAGGUUUACCAGCGGAGAGAUUGAAUAUGAUACUUGUGAUCAUUCCAGUGUACACAGUAAUAAAGUACAGCCUUUGAAUAA